CGCACAGGCACACUGGAGUCGGACCCGGUCACUCCGACGGCCGGCGCGCUCCGUUAGCCGCAGCGUGGCCCUCUCCUGAGCUGACCGGCCCACCGCGCACCUGGGUCACCCUUUCAACUCAGAACGCAGCAUCUACCGGGCACCCACUGCGUGCAGGUCCCCCCAGGAGGGUCAGCACAUUCUCUCCGUCUUCGCAGCGUGCUGGGCGGUUGGCGAACAACCUCCAUUCUACACGAGGGCCUGGGACGCGGGGUGAGGGACCCACCUGGGUCUCACUGUGGCCAGGGUCUAGGCUAGGGUCCACCUCCUCCCUCCCUCCUGCCUGGGGGCUGGAGGCCAAGGCCGGCCGCGCCGCACUCUGGGGCGCCCCCCUGCACCCAGCGGACACCCAGCCAUCCCCCUGACCCGUGCCCUAGAUGCGUGUCCAGAGAUGUGGGGGAGUGUCCUUGGAGGCUGCCAGGACAGCUCCGUCCCCGUGUUCCCAACUCCAGGCAGGCGCCUGGGCUAGCCGUGAGCGAGCGGUCAGCCGGGGUGUCCCCGGGGGCUCUCCUCUUGCUUAAAUCAGAAACGUGUGUUAUCUGGGCAGCUGCCAGCCUGCUCUGGGCCGGCCCCCGCCCCGGCGCCCCGGUCCUCCUGAGGGGAGGCCAGCUUGGGGGUGCCCAUGGCCUCCUGUCCCCUCGUCCAGCUGCAGGAAGGCCUCAGCGCCCCCCCAACUCAGCCAGGCUGCUGGGGGAGGGGGAGGCAAACGGCCCAAGGCACGGAGCCCGCGCUGACAGCUUCCUCCACGGCCACCCGAGGCCGCGGCCCCGCGGCUGUAAUGGAAACUUCCCAGCGGGCCUGUGAGCGGACGGCUCCGGUUCCCACUCUGCGAGGCUCUGAUCGCCCGCGGACUGGGGGCCGGGCAGGUGGGCGAGGCCACGCAGGGGUGUGGCACCUGCAGGAGCCCAGCCCGGGGCCCCCCUGGAGGAGGUGUCACCAGGACAGGACCAUGUUCCAAUAAAUGAGGACUGCAGGGCGAGCCUUGAGCCCCGACUCCCCGCCAGAGACGCGACAUCAGACCAGGACGAAUGGAGAGGCCGCUCCGGGCUCGCCGAUGCCCAGGGCGGGGAGGGAGGGCGACAGGAGGUGCCCCCCGUCCAUCCUGAGGCGGAGCCGGACAGAGCGCCGCGGCGUGGAGCCACAGAGGACCUCGAGGCGGGUGCGGUUCCGGGAACCCCUGGAGGUGGCCGUGCACUACAUCGCCAGCAGAGAGCCCGGCACCACCACCAAGGCGCCCAGCCGGCCCCGGCCCCCACGUGGCUCCCUGUUCCUGCGCCUGUCCGUGUGCGUCCUGCUGGUGCUGGUGCUCGGGCUGUACUGCGGCCGGGCCCAGCCGGUGGCGCUGGCCCUGGAGGACCUCCGGGCCCGGCUCCUCGUCCUCGCCCUGCGCCUGAGGCAUACAGCCCUGAGCUGCUGGCACUGCCUGCUGCAGCUGUGACGGCCGCCCCCACCCCAGGGCUUCGGGUGUGCAGGCCAGGAGGGCGAGAGCCCAGGUCAGGUCUGGGGGCUUCCAGGGGCCCCACCCCCUCCACUCAGAGCCCCUCUUGUUGCACCUGUCGGGGUCCCCCGUGAGGUUUUCUUAGAAUUCCACACCUGCUUCAGCCCCCCCGGGGGCCCCCCAGACCCUCCCUCACCCCCGUGGGCACCCUCCUCCAUAUCCUUGGGCGGGGCCUGGAUGUGGCCACGCGGAGCCUCCUGAAGACAGGGACACCGAGCCUGUACCUGUGGGACCCCUCGGAGAUGAAAGUGGCCUUUGCUGCUCCGGGCUUGCGGGGCCUGGACCUCAGAACCCCGUGGAGACAGACGGGUCCGGCUGUUGGGGUGGCGCCCCCCCUCCUGAAGCUGCACGCAGGGCAGGGCCUGGCAUCUCCUCUUGUAGGUGGUGUUGGGGUGCCAGGCUGAGCCCAGCUCUGGCCCUUCCCCUGCACCCCAAGGCCUCCGGGACCCCCUCAUGCCCCGGUGGGGGAAUGUGCUGCCCCCCUCCUCCUCAGCUGUCCACCAGGCAGUGGCUGAGAGGGAGCUGGCUCUGCCCGGACCCCGCGACCUUCAGAACACGGCCGUCUGCGCCCGGACCCCGGGCUGCGCCGCACACCAGCUGCAGGCCCUCUGGGUCCCAUGACCGUAGGCAGACGGCGUGCCCCCACCGGUGUUGCAAGGCCCUGGGGAGGCAUGUGGUGACAAACUGCAGACCCUGCGUGGAGGGGGACCCCUGAACAAAGCAGGGAGGCCCACGGUCAGACACCAGGAGGGACUGCCAGGAAGACGCCAUCCCGCCCAGCAACCUUCAGACAAGUGCCCACGGGACGGCCAGUCCCGCCCCCUCCAGGGGCUUAUGCCCUGAGCGCCUGUCCCCUCGACCUCAGUGGGGACACACUGACUUUCUAUUAAAGCACACUGCCACCUCUCUUA